AGAAUUUUCUGGUCAAUCCUGUAAUAAGACAGAAUUAACUGCAGAAAAGUCUGACUGUCCUUCAAAUUAUUGCUCAAAACCAGAGGAAGCUCAAGAAACAAGUGACCGGCGUAAAGAGGAGCAACAAAUUAAUGAUCAGCUGUUAACUAAAUCCAUAACAGGCUCAUUUAAUGGAUCUGCUAACCUACAAACAACCAAUGAUAUUUCAAUUAUGCAAGAUAGUACCGAUCUUCAUUGGUUUAAUGAGGAAACCUAUCAAAGUGAAAAAGUCCCACUCGUUGAAAACAUGCCAAUAAUAAUUGAAUCUUCAAGCGGCGAGUCAUCAAAUCGUGAUUUAAAUCGAUAUCAUGCUUUAUCCCGAAAUAUUGAUGCCACUUUAGCCCAGAUUGAUAUGGAAACCUUUCGAAGUGAAGACAUUAAUCACAUUUAUUCAACUCUACCUGAGCUUGACUCUUCAUGUGGUCCAGUUGUUGAAGACGGCGGAGAAGAGUUUGCCUCAGUAUCAGGUUCCCUUUUGGACGAGAUCACUACUGAUAGCCAUUAUUUAAGCUCCAAGAGAUUUAACAGUCAUGGCAUUGACUUAAAUGGUUCUAGUUCUAUUUUUGAUUCCUCUAUGAUUGACGAGACUUCAAAAGCAUUAUCCUCGGCAACAAUGCGAAGUGAACGCUUACCCGGUCUUUAUUCAAGAUCUC